AUGACACCAGUCGCUCCAAAUCGACAAAAGGGUCGAAGAAUAGUGAACGGUCUGGUGAUAAAUCUGUCCAGUCCAGUGACUCUAAAACAGAAUCGUGCAGGAAACCAACAGGUAGACAGUCAUGAGGUGUCAUCACUAAUCGCAGAAGAUCGUGCAGGAAACCAACAGGUAGACAGUCAUGAGGUGUCAUCACUAAUCGCAGAAGAUCUUGCAGGAAACCAACAGGUAGACAGUCAUGAGGUGUCAUCACUAACCGCAGAAGAGCUUGAAAGAAGCCUAAUAGUAGACGUUCAUGAGGUGUCAUCACUAACCGCAGAAGAUGAUGGAAUUGUGCAUGGAGCCCAUCCAACGAGAGAUCCAGCCCAGGUCGCUGCAGAAAGCUGUAGAGAGGCAAUAAGAACUCAUUAUAGGGACAGCUAUGUGCAACUGACACCAUUGGAGGAUGACACAAAACACAUCAAAGAUAUCUACACAGAAUUAACAUUGGAGGAGUCUGGACAGAAACUGGAAUCGUAUAAAGAUAUAUUCCUUCAGACAACAAGGCGUGGUGAUCCAAUAAAACGGGUUAUUUUGAAUGGGGAACCUGGCAGAGGGAAGUCUACCCUCAUAGAUAAGAUGGCACAUGAUUGGGCAUGUGGUGAAGCACUGCAGCAGUUUGAGCUUGUAUUUGUUUUAAGAAUGAGUGCAGUUGAACAAAACACACAGCUGAUUGACUCAAUUUUUGACCAACUUUUAGACGAGGAUACUGGUGUAGAUAAGAACUUGUUGAGUUCUUUUAUCAGUCACAAUCCAGGCAAAGUACUGCUCUUGUUGGAUGGCUUUGAUGAGUUAAAGACCCGUGCCCUGAAUGAAGACCUAUUUGGUUCAAUUCUAAAGACCAUGAACCGUAAGAAAAACAGAGAGUGUUUUGUUGUAAUUACCACUCGUCCCUCUCACUAUCAUAAAUUAGUGACAAAGUCAUUAAUUAGAGAGCCUUUCACAAAGGUCAGGGUUGAAGGUUUUGAUAAGAAAGCUAUCAAGAUGUAUGUGAAGAGAUUUUAUUCGGAUGAACAUGACACAGCUGAAAGGCUCAUGCGGAGGAUCAAAUCCUCAAAUGUUUUAGCUGAUAUGGCAAAGAGUCCGAUGCUACUUCAGUUAAUGUGUAUUUUGUGGAAAGAGGAUUCUAAACUCCCAGGAACAGUGUCCCGUAUCUACAGUGAGGCAUUGGAGUACAUAUUUGUCAGAAAAAGUGACAGGAAUCCUGAUAUGCCUCCAGAUGAAUUACUAAAAGUAACAAAUGAACUCGGAAAGAUUGCCUUGCAUGGUCUUCUUGCUCCAGAACAACAGCUUGCUUUUCCCGAAGAAGAUUUUGAACCGAGAGUACUCGAAUCUGCACUAAAAGCAGGUAUUCUUACAAGAAAAAAGGUCUUGAAGGGAAGAAAAAGUCACACCAGCAUUCAGUUCCUGCACAAGACGUUUCAAGAGUUUUGUGCUGGUAAAUACUUACAAAGAUUAUUUGAAACAGACACAACGGAAUUUAAGAAAAACCUGAAAAAGUUAAUCAAAUCUGGAGGUAAUGAUUACGUUUUUUGGUUUUGUGCUGGUGACAAUAUGGCAUGUACAUGUAACAUUUUACAAAUACUGGUUGCAUCCAAGCAGUUCAAAGAAGAGCAACUAAGAAGACAGGAACGUGCACCCCUAAUGCAGUUAGGCCUAAACUGCUACUUUGAAGGUCAGUCAAAAGAUUUACCUCCAGUGAAAUUUAUAGAGUCUGUUCUAACAGAAAAUGUAAACAUUGGUAAAUGGGACAGGGACAGUCUGAACUCUUUCACAAACUUUCUUCAAAAUGUUCAUGCCCACGCUGACAAACAAACUGUUUAUCUUGACAAGGUACAGUCGGUAGAGAUAAGUAAAUGUCACUUGGGUGGGUGUAUGUCAGAUUUGGUCGACUCUAUGAGCUUAAUGGCGAAUCUUUCAUCAGUGAAAUUGUCAAUGUGCAAAUUGAAUGAGAGUAGUGGAGAAUACUCUGCAUUAUCAGGAGCAACACUUGGUUCUGCUGCAUCAUGGGCCCAACACUUCAAGAAAAUGGAGAACCUUCAGAAGCUACACUUGGUUCGCUGCUCAUUGACAGAUAAAGAUAUGACACAUAUUGCUCCUGCACUCUGUGAUCUGCCCAACUUGGUGGAACUGAAUCUUAUGGAAAAUGAUGCUCUUGGUGGUUCUGCUGCAUCAUGGGCCCAUCACUUCAAGGAAAUGAAGAAACUUCAGAAUCUUGACUUUAGUUACUCCUCAUUGACAGGUGAAGAUAUGACACAUAUUGGUCCUGCACUCUGUGAUCUGCCCAACUUGGUGGAACUGAAUCUUAUGGGAAAUGAUGCUCUUGGUGGUUCUGCUGCAUCAUGGGCCCAUCACUUCAAGAGAAUGAAGAACCUUCAGAAGCUACACUUGAGCUGCUGCUCAUUGACAGGUGAAGAUAUGACACAUAUUGCUCCUGCACUGUGUGAUCUGUCCAAUUUGGUUGAAUUGAGUCUUGUGCAAAAUAAAGCUUUGGGUGGUUCUGCUGCAUCAUGGGCCCAUCACUUCAAGAGAAUGAAGAACCUUCAUAAGCUUUACUUGAGUCGCUGUUCAUUGACAGGUGAAGAUAUGACACAUAUUGCUCCUGCACUGUGUGAUCUGCCCAACUUGGUUGAAUUGUUUCUUGAUGAAAAUAAAGCCUUGGGUGGUUCUGUUGCAUCAUGGGUACAUCACUUCAAGAGGAUGAUGAACCUUCAGAGUCUUGUUUUUACUUGCUCCUCAUUGACUGGUAAAGAUAUAACACAACUUGCUCUUGCACUUUGCGAUCUGCCCAACUUUGUUGAAUUGAGUUUUUGGGGAAAUGAAGCCUUGGGUGGUUCUGCUGCAUCAUGGGCACAUCACUUCAAGAAGAUGAAGAAACUUGUGUUUCUAGACUUUGGGGAAUGCUCAUUGACAGGUGAAGAUAUGACACAUAUUGGUCCCAUACUGUGUGAUCUGCCCAACUUGGUUAGGUUAAGGUUGUCUAAAUAUAAGUUUGUUGCUGUUAAAAGAUGCUUGUUGUUCUAUAAAUGUCCAUACUGUUUGUUUGAACCAGAUGAUGGAAUUGUGCAUGGAGCCCAUCCAACGAGAGAUCCAGCCCAGGUCGCUGCAGAAAGCUGUAGAGAGGCAAUAAGAACUCAUUAUAGGGACAGCUAUGUGCAACUGACACCAUUGGAGGAUGACACAAAACACAUCAAAGAUAUCUACACAGAAUUAACAUUGGAGGAGUCUGGACAGAAACUGGAAUCGUAUAAAGAUAUAUUCCUUCAGACAACAAGGCAUGGUGAUCCAAUAAAACGGGUUAUUUUGAAUGGGGAACCUGGCAGAGGGAAGUCUACCCUCAUAGAUAAGAUGGCACAUGAUUGGGCAUGUGGUGAAGCACUGCAGCAGUUUGAGCUUGUAUUUGUUUUAAGAAUGAGUGCAGUUGAACAAAACACACAGCUGAUUGACUCAAUUUUUGACCAACUUUUAGACGAGGAUACUGGUGUAGAUAAGAACUUGUUGAGUUCUUUUAUCAGUCACAAUCCAGGCAAAGUACUGCUCUUGUUGGAUGGCUUUGAUGAGUUAAAGACCCGUGCCCUGAAUGAAGACCUAUUUGGUUCAAUUCUAAAGACCAUGAACCGUAAGAAAAACAGAGAGUGUUUUGUUGUAAUUACCACUCGUCCCUCUCACUAUCAUAAAUUAGUGACAAAGUCAUUAAUUAGAGAGCCUUUCACAAAGGUCAGGGUUGAAGGUUUUGAUAAGAAAGCUAUCAAGAUGUAUGUGAAGAGAUUUUAUUCGGAUGAACAUGACACAGCUGAAAGGCUCAUUCGGAGGAUCAAAUCCUCAAAUGUUUUAGCUGAUAUGGCAAAGAGUCCGAUGCUACUUCAGUUAAUGUGUAUUUUGUGGAAAGAGGAUUCUAAACUCCCAGGAACAGUGUCCCGUAUCUACAGUGAGGCAUUGGAGUACAUAUUUGUCAGAAAAAGUGACAGGAAUCCUGAUAUGCCUCCAGAUGAAUUACUAAAAGUAACAAAUGAACUCGGAAAGAUUGCCUUGCAUGGUCUUCUUGCUCCAGAACAACAGCUUGCUUUUCCCGAAGAAGAUUUUGAACCGAGAGUACUCGAAUCUGCACUAAAAGCAGGUAUUCUUACAAGAAAAAAGGUCUUGAAGGGAAGAAAAAGUCACACCAGCAUUCAGUUCCUGCACAAGACGUUUCAAGAGUUUUGUGCUGGUAAAUACUUACAAAGAUUAUUUGAAACAGACACAACGGAAUUUAAGAAAAACCAGAAAAAGUUAAUCAAAUCUGGAGGUAAUGAUUACGUUUUUUGGUUUUGUGCUGGUGACAAUAUGGCAUGUACAUGUAACAUUUUACAAAUACUGGUUGCAUCCAAGCAGUUCAAAGAAGAGCAACUAAGAAGACAGGAACGUGCACCCCUAAUGCAGUUAGGCCUAAACUGCUACUUUGAAGGUCAGUCAAAAGAUUUACCUCCAGUGAAAUUUAUAGAGUCUGUUCUAACAGAAAAUGUAAACAUUGGUAAAUGGGACAGGGACAGUCUGAACUCUUUCACAAACUUUCUUCAAAAUGUUCAUGCCCACGCUGACAAACAAACUGUUUAUCUUGACAAGGUACAGUCGGUAGAGAUAAGUAAAUGUCACUUGGGUGGGUGUAUGUCAGAUUUGGUCGACUCUAUGAGCUUAAUGGCGAAUCUUUCAUCAGUGAAAUUGUCAAUGUGCAAAUUGAAUGAGAGUAGUGGAGAAUACUCUGCAUUAUCAGGAGCAACACUUGGUUCUGCUGCAUCAUGGGCCCAACACUUCAAGAAAAUGGAGAACCUUCAGAAGCUACACUUGGUUCGCUGCUCAUUGACAGAUAAAGAUAUGACACAUAUUGCUCCUGCACUCUGUGAUCUGCCCAACUUGGUGGAACUGAAUCUUAUGGAAAAUGAUGCUCUUGGUGGUUCUGCUGCAUCAUGGGCCCAUCACUUCAAGGAAAUGAAGAAACUUCAGAAUCUUGACUUUAGUUACUCCUCAUUGACAGGUGAAGAUAUGACACAUAUUGGUCCUGCACUCUGUGAUCUGCCCAACUUGGUGGAACUGAAUCUUAUGGGAAAUGAUGCUCUUGGUGGUUCUGCUGCAUCAUGGGCCCAUCACUUCAAGAGAAUGAAGAACCUUCAGAAGCUACACUUGAGCUGCUGCUCAUUGACAGGUGAAGAUAUGACACAUAUUGCUCCUGCACUGUGUGAUCUGUCCAAUUUGGUUGAAUUGAGUCUUGUGCAAAAUAAAGCUUUGGGUGGUUCUGCUGCAUCAUGGGCCCAUCACUUCAAGAGAAUGAAGAACCUUCAUAAGCUUUACUUGAGUCGCUGUUCAUUGACAGGUGAAGAUAUGACACAUAUUGCUCCUGCACUGUGUGAUCUGCCCAACUUGGUUGAAUUGUUUCUUGUGGAAAAUAAAGCCUUGGGUGGUUCUGUUGCAUCAUGGGUACAUCACUUCAAGAGGAUGAUGAACCUUCAGAGUCUUGUUUUUACUUGCUCCUCAUUGACUGGUAAAGAUAUAACACAACUUGCUCUUGCACUUUGCGAUCUGCCCAACUUUGUUGAAUUGAGUUUUUGGGGAAAUGAAGCCUUGGGUGGUUCUGCUGCAUCAUGGGCACAUCACUUCAAGAAGAUGAAGAAACUUGUGUUUCUAGACUUUGGGGAAUGCUCAUUGACAGGUGAAGAUAUGACACAUAUUGGUCCCAUACUGUGUGAUCUGACCAACUUGGUUAGGUUGAGGUUGAGGGGAAAUGAAGCCUUGAGUGGUUCUGCUGCAUCAUGGGCACAUCACUUCAAGAAGAUGAAGAAACUUGUGUGUCUAGACUUUGGGAACUGUUCGUUGACAUCCAACGAUGAAACACAUAUCAGGUCUGCAUGUUGUGAUCUGCCCAACUUGAAAAGUUUGGAUAUUAAGCAUAAUAAACAUCCAAGUUUCGAAAGUUUGGAUUACCUUUUCUUCCUAGAAAACGAAGAUAAACCUUGGUAAACCUGACUUGUUGGAUCCCCACCUCCUCACUGCGUGAUCGGCCUAACUUUGUUCGCUUAGAUAUUAAAGGGGUAAAACUCAUUAGAUGAUGGAAAAGACAACACUGUGUCGGACAAGACUUUGAUCUCGUUGGUGCUUUUGUAGUUGACUUUAAUAACAAACUCUUUACGUAGGCAGUGAACUUUCACAUGAUCUUACUUGGGCAAAACACAUCACAAUAACAGUGAUACGAUUUUGGUGGUGCUCCACAAGACCAAAGAUUGCAUACAAAACUCCUGUUAGACUUAAUUGAAAUAUUUGGGAUCACAAAAAAACCACAAAGACAACCCUGAAAAGGUACAGAGACGUGCUGUUAGAUUUGUUAAAAAUGACUAAAACCGGACAAGUAGUGUGUCAAAUAUUCUGAAUCAACGGAACUAGGAUGAAACAAGUCUCAUUUUGAUUUUUGGGUAAAAUUGCUUGUUUUGAACUUUUUAGAAAUAAUCACGUUUUCGUUUAAAUUUGUCAUUUUCCUCCCUAGUCGUCUAGCCUUCUAGCAUAUACUUUACGCUUUUGUGUUUUGGUGGUGUGUGUUAUUUAUUGUGGAUGAGAACAGCAAUAAAAUAACUAUAGAAAAUGAAUGAGUAUGCUUGGUUUUAGUUCCAGAAAUAUAUAAUAAUAAGAAUAUUUUGUUGACAUAAUAUUAAACAAUUAUAGCAAGUUCUCUAGUAUUAAAUGUUUUUAUGUUUUCAGUGCAUCUUCGUGAGGACUCACUGAAACAUCUUAGCAGUACCAGCCUACUACCAAAGGAAACCAAAGGUUCACUUAUUAUCCGCUGAGAACUAUUAUGAAACUUGCGGGAUGCCGCGCUCGCGCGGCAUCCCUGCUGAAUGAUGAAAAUCCUUUACACAAAUAUUUCGAAAUGUGAUGUGGUAGAGGGUAUUAUACGCCUCUCUUAAUAUUUAUGCAUGACGUCAUAAUUGUAACCCAAAAUGAAGCUAUGGCCUGUAUGACGCACGUCCGCCACUACUCGUUUUGGGUUUAGACGACGUACCUGCAUACUUAUUAAGAGAGGCGUUUUCGGAAGGACAUAGGUUAUAAUAACUUCGCAUAAUUGGAUUGGGAAUUGUAUUAAAAAUGAUUGAUGAUUUUAA